AUGGCCGAGUACAAUUUCGAAUAUUUUACUGUUCGGUUUCCAAUUGACCAUCAAUAUGUGGCUCAUGUGGAGAUCAACCGUCCAGAUAGGCUGAACGCCUUUGUGGAAGCGAUGUGGUUAAAUUUGGCCCAGAUCUUCAACAAGCUAUCUUCGGAUCCCUCGGUCCGUUCCAUCGUCCUCAGCGGAGCUGGAGAGAAGGCAUUCACCGCCGGGUUAGACGUCAAAGCAGCUUCUGAGGGUAUGCUGUCGUCGGAGACGAAGAAUGACCCCGCCCGCAAGGCCGCACUCCUUCGGCGCCACAUUUCCGAGUUCCAGGAUUGUAUCACCGCAGUUGAGCGUUGCGAGAAGCCAGUGGUAGUUGCCCUCCACGGCUUCUCCUUGGGGCUUGCCAUUGACCUGGCCACCGCCACGGACGUGCGUGUCUGUGCAAAGGACACCCGAUUUGCAGUCAAGGAAGUGGAUAUCGGACUUGCAGCGGACAUCGGUACCCUCAGUCGACUGCCCAAGGUGGUUGGCAAUUACGGGUGGGUAAAGGAGGUUGCUCUGACUGCGCGCGAGUUCGGCGCCGAGGAGGCCCUACGUGUAGGGUUUGUGAAUGCCGUAUACGAUAACCGUCAGGCCACCAUCGCGGCCGCAUUCAAAAUGGCCUCUCUGAUCGCCAAGAAGAGCCCCGUGGCGGUGCAAGGCACGAAGGAGAUUUUGAACUAUUCGCGUGACCACUCUGUGCAAGACGGACUGCGCUAUACCAGUGUGUGGAACAGUGCUGCUUUGCAGACACAGGAUGUAUCGGCGGCACUAUUAUCGGGGUUGAAGAAGCGGACCCCGACAUUCGAGAAGCUAUGA